CCUUACGUAACGUGCGCGCUGUCUCCCAUCAUCCCGGCUGGCGCUGCACCACCCAAGCCGCCGGUGCAGCAGAAAAGUCUUCUCCGUCACCGCUGGGCUGUUCGCCAGCUGAUCUCACAAAAAUGGGGAACAGAGACGACGAGUAUGAUUUCUUAUUUAAAGUGGUUCUGAUCGGGGACUCUGGUGUGGGGAAGAGCAACCUGCUGUCCCGUUUCACGCGUAACGAGUUUAACCUGGAGAGCAAGAGCACCAUAGGGGUGGAGUUUGCCACUCGCAGCAUCCAGGUGGACGGGAAGACGAUAAAGGCUCAGAUAUGGGACACGGCUGGACAGGAGCGCUACAGAGCCAUCACCUCAGCAUAUUACCGGGGCGCAGUGGGGGCCCUUCUAGUCUACGACAUCGCCAAACACCUGACGUACGAGAAUGUGGAGCGCUGGCUGAAGGAGCUGAGGGACCACGCUGACAGCAACAUCGUCAUCAUGCUGGUUGGAAACAAGAGCGACCUGCGCCACCUCAGGGCCGUGCCCACGGAUGAGGCCCGCGCCUUUGCAGAAAAGAACACGCUGUCAUUCAUUGAGACAUCGGCGUUGGAUUCCACAAACGUAGAAGAAGCAUUCAAGAACGUCCUAACAGAAAUCUACCGCAUCGUGUCACAGAAGCAGAUUGCAGACAGAUCUGCACACGACGAGUCUCCAGGCAACAACGUGGUCGACAUAAGCGUCCCGCCGACCUCUGAUGGCCAGAAGGGCAACAAAAUUCAGUGCUGUCAGAGUCCGUGACGCUCAGGCUGAAAAUACACAUCUCGGCUUUCAAUUUUACUUGUGCACUUGUUUUUCAUCAUUUCAAUUAUGGCCAUUUCUCUUUUUCCUCCAUUUCUUUUGUUUUUACAUAUACAUAUAUAUAUAAAUCACAGGUCCUCCUGGUCUCAGAAGCCCUUAUUUCACUUGAUAGUUGGAGGUGUCCAUGGAGUGGGUGGGUGGAUGGGAAUAUCCCUGCCAUGCAGGGAUGAGGCCUUCUGCUGAAAGCAGUCACGUUCUGCUGAAUAUGAAACACAUUUUCAUGGUCAACCACUAGAUGGUGCUGCAGCAACAAAUUGUAAUUAUCAGUAUUAUGCAUUUGACAGUGGAAUCACAUCAGUAAAUAUGCCAAAAAAUCUUUAUUAUGUUUGUAUUUAAAUAAUGUCUGGCUUUAUUUGUUCUUUACUUUUUGCUUAAAAGUUGUAAAAAAUAAUGACAAUAAAAUUCUUCAAUCAGUA